ACAUUGGGAACGUUCCGUCUUUUCUUCCAGGAAUGAAAACACUCUUUCUGUUCUUCGAAAGGUUGUGUCGGUAACUGGAGUCAUUGUAUUAUUUACUGAAAAUUAAAAUGCAAAAUUAGGCUGAAUAAUUGUAUAAUGGAAUCAAUGCAGCUCGACCAAACUGAUGUGAAGCCACAAUUACAGACAGGAAACAUCGACAAUUCCUCGUCGGAAACGGAAGCGCCAAAAGUUACGGAGCUUGAGAUCUUGCCUGUCAUAUACGAAAUAAUCAGAAGCAUCGAAAAGGAUCCUGUGGACAACGCUGCGAAGCAAAAAGAAAGCCAGGAUUGCAGCCAGAAGGUUCUGGAACUGCAGAAGAGGCUGGACUCCGCUAGGAUAACAAUUCGACAAUUACCUGGAAUCGACUAUAGCAAGGAGGAGCAACUGAGAAGACUUGAGAGUCUUCGAAAGCAACUAGCGUUGAAACAACAAUUGAUUAAAAAAUACAAGAACGUUCAAUUUUAAUCAUGCUUCGCGUUAUUCUGCGAUAUUUGGCUAAUAAUGAGCAGCUUAUACAACGGCUCGCUGAGAGUUAUCCUAUGCGCAGAGCUGCUCAAUUACUAGUAAGUGCUUAUUAUAGAGGUCGGGCAAUUGCCCAGGACCAGAAAAUAGGAGAGAUGACUCCGGAAAAAUUUAAACGAAUGAUGAAUACAUUUAAAACAAAUGUCCAGCAGGAAAUUAAAGCAGCAAAGGAGGAUUUGAAAAAACGUCAAUGAUAAAUAUAGCAACCUAGUAAUAUACUCACAUAAAA